AUGGCAGACUGCAACGAGAAUGCGGCAUGUCAAGAACAUUCAAGACCCAAGGACUGCGCAGACGACACAGAUAGUGAUGACGAACCAAGCUUCCAAGAAAAGCUCAAAAAUCUGCUGUCAUCUCACGCAAUCAAAAGCGCGUUCGAGAAAACACCUAUCAAGUUCGUCCCCGAAGGCAUCAUCCACGAGCUGAUUACGGAAGACCAAAUCAAGGCCGCCUUGGAUAUACAAGCAGCAACGGUUGAAGAAGACGAACUGGUGGGAUUCACACGUAUGCGCGCGAAAAAGAUAUUUGCUAUCGCAAUCCACGUACAGCCAAACAAGAUAGUCGCAAUCAUGAAAUGGUGGAAGAAGAAUAAUAUGGACGAUGGCGAUCUGCCGAUCACCUUUCGGCCUGGAUGGAAGAGGCAGUGGCUUUCGGAAUUUUGCGAAAUGCAAUGGAUGUUCCUCGCUCCUGUCUUCUCGACAACUCAAUACAACCGCAAUCUCGAUGACGCCCACAUCUUACCUUUCAUUUCCAAAAGGAAGCAUCUGGAUCCGCCGUUCCUGGAUCAUAGUUCGUUCGCAGUCAAGGAGAUUCAGCCUUCCGAUAACGCGCAGGAAGUUGCAGAACAUUGGGAAAGAGAGGUCAAAGCCCUCCGAACCAUGAAUGAGUUGAACCAAGAUCACAUUGUUCGUUUCGUUACAGCUUUUCGACGCCGUAGAGAGCACGGCGACCCAGAUCACUACCUGAUAUUUGAAUGGGCUGAUGGCGGAAACCUCCGCAUCAAAGAUGCUAUGUUCCAGAUACUGGGACUUGCCAGAGCACUCGCGGCUGCGCACGACCUCGACAAGACCGGCGCAUCAUACCGCCAUGGAGACAUCAAGCCGGAAAACAUUUUGUGUUUUAGUAACGGCCGCACGAUUGGUACUCUCAAAAUUGGCGACUGGGGUGAAGCGAAAGAGCACGGACAGGUGACAGACAUGCGUCCCAGCAAAACCACAGCAAAAUAUGGCACUCGUGUCUAUGAGGCCCCUGAGGUCGAAACGGGCGUCAGAGCUAAGUACCUGGGUCAGUCAACAAAGCGCCGCUCUCGACUAUACGAUGUCUGGGCGAUGGGAUGCAUCACUCUCGAAUUCACCAUAUGGCUGUUGAAAGGGCUCGGUUCGAAUCUUUCAGAACUCCCAGAACGACCUCGUACCGACUCGGUCGUCUCGGAGGCAAGGCUUGAAGCAAGUGUUACUCCCGCGAACAACACACCCUUUGACCUUGAGGAUAUCCCAGAUGUAGCAACAGCUGUAGGAAUUCCUUCUUUCAGCGUCACUCCUGCUGAAGCGGAGCCUGAAAGAAUCCCCAUACAGCCUGAACCCGAAGCGCAAGGUCACUCACGAUGCCUCGCAGCCGAAUUCUGCUCGCGAAUGGAAUACAUUGUCGCAGAAGAUCCGGAUGAAGAUGAAGGCUAUUGGUUUACAUGUUGGGUACAGCCUGCAGAACUCCGCUCUACGGCAGAUCUUAUACUACCGCCCUCUCCCACCACAGAAGUCUACUCUGGUGAGGUCUUCCAAAAACCAAGCUGGGAAACCAAUCGACCUACCGUUGGCGGGUUGAUGGCACCCUCCCAGAAGAGGAUAGACUACGCGCCUCCAGAACUCGAUGAAGAUGACUGGAAGUACCAGUCUGGCAAUGAUCUUGCAUCAAGUUUGUUCGACUCACUCAGGGAAAGCAAAUCCCUGGGGUCGUCCAACAAUAUCUCUCAAUCUCGACUCUGCUCAGAUUGCAUCUGCCUCCAAGAGGAGUUGUUCACACCAGGAUUUUCUAAGUCGUACGACGUGCACACCCUUCGAAUGAGCGCCGAAAGAAAGCACUGUGACUUGUGCGUCCUGCUCUGGCAGACUGCUAUCCGAGACGGUGGCGUGAAGUUUGCGAGCAUCAAGCUUGAGCGGACUGGUUCGUUUCUCCGGAUGAAAAGCAAUGGCCUUCCUGUACUGUCCAUCGUCCAUUAUCCGGAGGAGCUCUCUAGGGUUACCAGCGAUGGCCAGGUUGGAUUUGUUCAGCUCCCAGAAGCAGGUAGCACCACUCACCUUGAGGUGCUCCAGCACUGGCUCCACGAUUGCAACGGCCAUCACGGAUGUUCCCCAGCUCAGCAUACAGCAAAUAGCACAAAGAUCCGGCUACCGACGCGGUUAAUCGAUGUUGGCACAGAUGAGGAUGACACAAUUCGACUGUGGGAGACCGAACCAUCGGAUGUGGGCGAGUGGAUUGCUCUAUCGCAUAAAUGGGGAUCUCGACAUCUUUCUACCACACCUGAAACCCUUCAAGACCACCUAAACGGUAUCAAAAUCGGCAUCCUCCCAGCCACAUUUAAGGAUGCGGUAAUCGUAACCCGCGCACUUGGACGUCGUUAUCUUUGGAUAGACUCACUUUGCGUGAUACAGGGUCCACAAGGCGACUUCAUGACCGAGGCCAAGCGUAUGGAAGCAGUUUAUAGCGGCGCCUACUGUGUUAUCGCGGCUAGUUGCGCUACUGACCACUAUGACGGCUUCUUGAAGCCUCGCACUCGACGAGAGUAUGUUGGUCUGGGUGGUCAAGGCAAUGGUCAACACCCUUUCUACAUCUGCCAGAACAUCGACAAUUUCAAGGACCAUGUGCUUGGUGGUGAGUUGCACAGUCGUGGCUGGGUCUUACAGGAGCACGCUCUCGCCCGUCGAACGCUUUUCUUCACGGAGCAUCAAAGUUACUUCGAGUGCGGUAACGGCGUGCGCUGCGAGACGUCAACAAACCCACUCGCUGCCUUCCUUGGCGACCCAGAUUUCCCACGUAUGGUUUCCAAUGCUUCCCCUGGCGAGAAGAUCUUGCGCUUUCAAGGGCUGUACCGUAAAUUCUCGCGCCUAGGUCUAUCAAAAGCAUACGACCGACCUACUGCAAUCGACGGUCUUCAGCAACGUCUUCUUCGCACGAUGCGAGUCAGUGGUGGGUUCGGAAUCUUUGACGAAGGAACUAAACUGGGUCUACUCCGACGAAGCCUGCUGUGGUGCCGGGGCGUCGAUACAGACAGCUUGUCUCGUAUCCACUUCCCAACGGAGAGUGUCGUCGCCACGGUUCCAUCAUGGUCAUGGAUGGCAUACACUGGCGGGAUCGACUACCUGCAGCCUGACUUCGACAACUUUGAGUGGGAGGAGUUACAAUCGCCUUGGUCAUCCAAGGGUCCAACCAAUGUCUCAAGCACGGAUUUCCACACAGCAAAUAUAGCCCUCCACGCUACAGCGCGAGAAUACGAUUCCCUCAAGGCAGGGCUGCAAGGAGAAGGUGACCUAAUAUUUGACACGCCAAACGGGUCCACUGCACCACAGAGGUAUUGCGUAGUCCUAGGAAAGGCAAAAGGCAGCAUGUCGCCGGCGACUCAACAACACUACGUCCUGAUCAUUGCUGCAACCGCACAGAGAGACCGUAACGGGGACAAAGUGGUGAAGAUCCAUUAG